AUGGAAGGGUCGUCUAUUCCUUUGGCAUUUAAUGUAGUCAAGAAAUGCAGUACCUCUAGGGCCCGCUUGGGGAUCCUAAAAUUACCUCAUGGUACUGUUACAACACCAAUUUUCAUGCCUGUUGGGACAAAGGGAUCGUUAAAAGGCUUAACUACUGAGCAGAUCAGUGAAACUGGUUGUAAACUGAUGCUUUGUAAUACGUAUCAUCUGGCUAACGAACCAGGAGGGGAGAUGGUUGACCAAGCAGGUGGAAUCCAUGACUUUAUGAACUGGUCUGGUAAUGUAUUGACAGAUUCUGGUGGAUUCCAAAUGGUUUCCCUCAGUAAGAUAUGUAACAUUAGUGAGGAGGGUGUGACAUUUGAGAGUGUGUACAGGCCUGGAGAUAAGAUUCUGCUUACGCCAGAAGAAUCCAUUAACAUUCAGAACCUAAUUGGCGCUGAUAUAAUAAUGGCACUAGACGACGUAGUCGAUAUCAAAGAGACUGAUCAUCAGAGAUUUGUACAGGCAACAGACCGUACUACAAGAUGGCUUGACCGCUGUAUUGCUGCUCACAAAAAACCGGAUAGGCAAGCAUUAUUCCCUAUCGUACAGGGUGGGCUAUCACAUGAAUUACGCAUUAAAUCCUUGACUGAACUUAAGAAAAGGAACAUGCUUGGUUACGCCAUAGGUGGUUUAUCUGGUGGCGAAGAGAAGGAUAAAUUUUGGAAAAUAGUCAACCUUUGUACUAGUGAAGAGCAUGGACUGCCAGAAACAAAACCGCGCUAUUUAAUGGGUGUAGGUUAUCCAGUAGAUGUCGUUGUUUGUAUUGCAUUGGGGGUUGAUAUGUUUGACUGUGUAUAUCCGUCAAGAACUGCUAGGUUUUACACUGCCCUUACUAGGCAAGGGCCUAAGCGACUGAAGAAUAGUAGAUAUAAAGGUUAUGAUGGGCCAAUUGAGAUAGAUUGUAACUGUUAUACAUGUAAAAAUUACAGUAUAGGCGCAAUUCGAGCACUUAUUGGCAAGGACAUUGUGUCAUUUCGUCUAAUUACAUUGCACAACAUCCAUUUUAUGAUUCAACUUUGCAGAGACGCCCAGUAUGCCAUAAAAAAUGAUAUUUUUGCUGAAUUUGCAGUUAGAUUUAUUAGUAACUACUUGGGAAAUGAUGACUCAUAUUCAAAUGGUGUGGGUGGUGGUGAAGUAGAUUUUUCCUGGGUUAGUGAUGCACUGGGGUCAGUGAAAAUAAAUUUCAAUAAUAAUUUUUGA